GCUUCAACUCUCUUUCUCAUUUACUUAAAAACCACUCAACAUUAAACCUUCUUGUGCCUUAAAACAAAGAACACAUUUUAAUCUCUCUUUCACAUAAUCUGGUUAAAUACUCAGCCAAAUUAUGUGAUAAUAUUCUCCAACAAAACAUUCUGUUGUUCGGAAUCUCUUACCUUUAUACUGAUUACUGAGAUAUAUAAUCUUCUGUCAUGGGAUCUGGAUGGCUGCUCCGUUCUAUCAUCUGUCUAAACGGAACAAAGAAGAACAAAUCAAAUGGAGGCAACGUACUUUCUGAAACAUCAAACCGUGUCAAACCGGUUGAAUCAAGCUCUGCUUCCACUAAGCUUACCGCAGAAGUCGCUGUUAUUCGCAUUCAAAAGGCUUUUCGAGCAUUCAAGGCCAGAAAAAGACUAUGCAGCUUGAAGAGCGCGAGGAGAUUUAAUGCGCUGAUCCAAGGCCAUACAGUGAAGAAUCAAACUUCGACUGCACUCAAUGUGAUUCAUUCUUGGUGCGAUAUACAGAGUCAGGUCAGGGCAAGACGUUUGUAUAUGGUGACACAAGGUAGACUCCAGCACAAAAGAUUAGAGAAUCGUUUGAAGCUGGAGAUCAAGCUUCACGAGCUAGAAGUUGAAUGGUGUGGAGGUUCUGAAACAAUGGAAGAGAUUCUAGCAAAGAUACAACAGAGAGAAGAAGCUACGGUGAAGCGUGAAAGAGCAAUGGCUUAUGCUUUCUCUCAUCAGUGGAGGGCUAAUGCUACACAGUAUCUAGGUCAAGCUUCGUUUAACCUUGGCAAAGAAAGCUGGGGAUGGAGUUGGAAAGAACGGUGGAUUGCGGCUCGACCUUGGGAGAUUAGGGCUCAAUGCUACGUCAGUAAUAAACCGAUCAAACCAGCUAAAAAACCGGAGAAAUCAUCACCCAAUAAUGUGAUCAUAAAGACCUCUGCUAAACCGGAUUUUCCAAACGCCAAGGAAGUUGGAAACUCGAAAAAGCCUGGUUCCGGAUAAUUUUGAUUAAUCGUCAACAGAAAACCCGGUUCAUGUUUACAUCUAAAAAUUGUCUGGUUUGGUUUCUUAAUCGUUUGUUUUUAUCUUCUAUAAAAUUGGUUUUGUAUACAACAAACUCUUUUUGGGCCUACUCUAUUGGGCUUUCAAUGUUACGAAACGGCAACGUAUUGUACGGAUACCAAAUUCUAGAAAAUGUGUCAUUCAGGUCUU